GACGGACCUUUUUUUUUUUGAGUACAUGACCGUUAACUACGUAACGUGGGCGCCAAUUUCAAAUUGGGCUCCCAUUGGCAGCCAGGUAGGGAGGCGGGGUUAUGGCCGGGAAGUGCAAUGCGCGACCAUACAGUCUGUGCGCGACACUGUGACAGCGCAGCGUGAGCUGAGAAGAAGCGCUCUGAGUUAGCUCAUCAGGGCUAACAUGGCGAAACGUCGUGGACCGUAUAAAAGAUAUUUGGAGGAUGACACAGCAGAGAUUCCAAGGACUACCAAGCACAGAUGGAAAGUAAAAGACAGGGCAGAACUACAGGAUAACACACAAGAUCCCAUGAGUCGGCCUAUUGCUUCCCACAGAGAAGUUAGAGAUGAUGUCAACAGUAGGAGAUCCUCCACAAUUAAGCUUUUGGAUACUGCCUUUCAACAGAAUGAUUAUAAAGAUAACCAAAUCAACACACAGGAACACUGGAGUAACACUUCCAACAGUGAAGAUGAAGAUACUGAACUCAACACUGAGAACCCUACCACAAGCCAAUUGGAUGUGGAAAUUUCAGAGAAUGAGGAAGCCCUGUCACAUUCUGAAGAGGACUUGACUGAUUCUGCCAGUAAUGAAGGUGAAAACCAUGCUGACGAUGAAGACGUGAUGGAGGGGAAUAGUACUAGAGAAAAGACACCUGAAUUUCCAGUGGGCAGUGAAGACCAAGCAGAUGGUGACAAGCCCCUGUAUCCUGGUGCACCUGUUUCAAAGGGAGAAAGUUUACUGAUGCUGAUGUCCUAUGUGCUGCGGAACAAUUUAACCGGCAAAGCACUUACUCAUUUACUGGAACUGUUCAACCUGAUGUUUCCAGGUCUGGUUCCACCCUCACAUUACCUUUUCCACAAAGAAUUUGGAAGUUCAUCACAGUCUGAAGUUGAAAAAUGUUUAGCAUACCUUGGCAUUAGUGCAGACUGUCCCUCUCAUUGUACCCUUUGCAACACAGUAUUUGAUGCCAACACAAGUUUAAAAAAGGGUUUCUACUUUAUUGUAAUUCCCCUUCACGCACAGAUUAAACAACUUCUGCAGGAACAUGAUGUCAGUCUUACUGAAAAAAGUAGAUCCUUUGGUGUUUUAACUGACAUACAGUCUGGUGGAGAGUAUCAAAAAAUGUGUGACAGUGGAAUUCUUGGAAAAGAUGAUUUGACUCAUUUGACUCAGCAUUUGGCCAAUUCAGUGCCAGAUAAUUGAACUGGAACCAGAAAUGAGAA